AUGAUCGGAGAUUUCUAUGGACAAACAGGCUCCACCGAGGGGCGGAGUCUUCGUUGUGCGGGUACCAAGAUGGCGGCUUCCACAAGGCUGCUCAGGGUUUGCGGGGCUCGUCGCCUCUCUCUGGGGAUCCCCGCGCGCAGGGCAUUGUGGGGAGGGCAGAGGAAGAAGGAGGUGGUGGCAGAGGCAGCUGAACCAUAUGUUCCAGUUGAGAAGCAGCCAGUGAUGGUUUGUCCACCACCACGAAGCAAAAAGUAUAUUCCUCCUGAGGAUCUGCAAAAUCGUCUGGAGUCUCUCAUUAGAGGGAUUUUUGGGUCCUCUGUCUCAGGGGAUUGGAAAAAGGAAUCUCUGGGAGACAGUGGUUUAAAGUAUCGCCUGCUUGCACAGCUGGCAGCCGAUUUGGGCCACACAGUCCCCAAUUCCCAGCUCCAUCAAAUGAAGAGUGCCAGUGAUGUCUUGGCUUUCUACAGCAUACCUGUAAAAGACAUGUCAAAGUUUGAUGAACUCAGCACCCAGGAUCUGCCCUCAAACCUGAAGAUCAACUGGCAGUACUGAGCUAAAUAAGGACAGAAGCAUCUUUAGUUCUUUUGGCCUAUCAACAGCGAACUUGUACUUUCUUGAUCAUUGUUUUGGUCUCUUUGCAAUUUCUCACCAACAAGAGUAACACUGAUUCACUGAGGGGGUAACAAAUGUAUUGUUUGUGUCUUCCCUGCUUAUGUAAUUUACAUGAAGCUUCCCAUUAAAUAUAAUUUUUCUGUAGAGAAGUGUGAACAGCAGUAUUUGCUUUAGUAAAAACCACAUGCUGUGUAUCAGCCCUUUUAAUCAUUGGACUAAUUUCUCUAUGAAGGGCAGCUGUGUUUUUUGGAAAAGCAGAAGAAACAUAUAUAGAACAACUACAAAAUGUUGUGCGCACAAACUCAUUUUGUUAGAAUACCUUUAUUCUCUCAUUGUGUAAUUUGAUGAACAUUUGGGAAAGUUAUGCAGUACAUUCCCCUUUUAUAAAUAUGAUACAUCAAGAAAAUAAUUAUUAUUUUGGAAGAAAAUAAAAUUUCAAAUCUUGGUA